UUUACCAAAAGAAGAAAUAGAUUAGGUUCUCCACUUCCUUAGACUUUGGUCCACAAUUAUGAUUAUUAUUAUUAUUAUUAUUAUUAUUAUUUACAUUUAUUCUAGGGUUUUCUUGAGAGAGCUUUCAAGCACUGAUAUAGGUAACUAAUUUUGGUUCUUCUGAUCUGCAAAAUCUAGGGUUUUUGGUGUAUCUUUCAUUUCAAAAAAGGUAAAUCCCUGUAAAUCUUGUAUAGGUUUUUCUCAUACCAAGAAAGAUUUUUUGUUUUUUUUUGGUUGAAGGAGAAAAUGGUGAGAGGGAAAACUCAGAUGAAGAGAAUAGAGAAUGCAGCAAGUAGGCAAGUGACGUUUUCAAAGAGAAGGAAUGGACUGCUCAAAAAGGCCUUUGAGUUAUCGGUGCUUUGCGAUGCUGAAGUCGCACUUAUCAUCUUCUCUACCAGAGGGAAACUAUAUGAGUUUUCAAGUUCUGGCAUGAACCAAACCAUAGAGCGGUAUCAGAAGAGAGAGAAGGAGAUUCGAAUCAAGCACAAGUUAGCAGCAGACCAAAAUCUCCAGCUACAGAAUGACAAUGAAGACGCUCAAAGCCUGGAAAAGAAGAUUGAAUUACUCGAAGAUUCUAAACAAAAACUAUUGGGAGAGGGAUUGGAACCAUGUUCUGUUAAUGAGCUACAACAGUUAGAAAACCAGUUGGAACGAAGCUUAUGCAGAAUAAGGGAAAGAAAGAAUCUAUUCUUUCGCGAGCAGAUUAAGAAGUUAAAAGAAGAGGAGAGACGUCUCGGGGAAGAAAAUGAAAAACUACGACAAGAGUAUGGGAUGAAACCAUUACAAUUGUCAACAAGCAUGGAAGAGGAAGGAGAGGAGACGACGGAGGUGGUGACAGAAUUGUUUAUCGGGCUACCAAAGAGAAGAGGUAUAAAAAAACCCUAAUUUUCUAAAUAAUAGUUUAUUAUCUCAAUACAUUAUGAAUGAAGCUUUAAAACAAAUUGAGAAUAUGAUUUAUAUAGGAGCUAUAACUAAGGAUGGAAUUGCAA